AUGGGUGAUUCAACUCUAUUGAAUGAUGACCAGGAUCCCUUAUUAGGAAUGGAUGGGUGUAAAGAAAAUCCAAGACCCAGAAGCAUAACUUUAACAUCAGAAGACAACAAGAGGAAUCUGCUUGCAUUUUGGAUAUUUGGUUUAUGUAAUAAUUUUGCAUAUGUUAUUAUGCUCAGUGCUGCCCAUGAUAUUCUCCGUGAAGAAAGGGGUGAACAAAAUAAGACUCACACUGUUAACACAACGUCGAACAGCACAAUCCUUGUGUGUAAUCGUAUUGGAACUGGUGCUAUUUUACUAGCAGACAUUCUGCCAGCAUUUCUUAUUAAAUUGUCUGCACCACUUUACAUCCAAAGAUUAUCAUACAAUUUAAAAAUCACUAUCAUCAUUGUUACCACAUCUAUCAGCUUCAUUCUUGUUGCCACAGCAGACACAAUAUGGCUAAGUAUCUUAGGAGUCUGCUAUGCUAGUUUCAGUUCUGGCUUUGGAGAAGUUACAUUCCUAAGUCUCACCUCAUUUUUCAAUAAGAAUGUUGUAUCUACAUGGUCUUCAGGUACAGGAGGAGCUGGCGUAUUUGGUGCAUUAUCCUAUGCUGGCCUUACACAAAUUGGAAUCACUCCAAGAAAUGCUGUCUUAAUGAUGCUUAUCAUUCCAGUUAUAUUUGCAUUCAGUUAUUUCAUAUUACUUAAAAAGCCUCCUGUGCUUCAAUCAAUUGGAGCAACUCUUACCCAACAUACACAGUUCAAUUCAAAUCCACCACGACUUAUUCUUUCUCCAAAAGAGAAACUGCUCAGAAUUGUGGUAUCUGAAUAUUAUAUCAAUCAAGCUUUGUUUGAAUUAUUAUAUUUUAAUGGCUUUUGGCUGACUCCUUUUGAUCAGUAUCGUUGGUUACAAGUUGACUACCAGAUUGGUGUGUUUAUAGCAAGGUCCUCUGUGAAUUUAUAUCACAUCAAAAAGCUUUGGAUACCUGCUUUCUUACAAUUUGGUGUGCUUGCUUUAUUACAGUGCCAAGUUCUGUAUCAUUUCUUGCCUAGUUUCUGGGUUGUACUUGGUAUUGUGAUAUUUGAAGGACUUCAAGGAGGCCUGGCUUAUGUGAACACAUUUUAUCGGCUGUCUUCAGAGAUUGCAUCAGAAUAUCUUGAAUUCAGUAUGGGAGUGACAUCAGUUGCAGACUCAUCUGGCAUUGUUAUUGCUGGCCUCCUCUCGAUUCCUGCUCAUAAUAAACUAUGUGACAUGCAUAUUCAUUUAUGA